CAUUUCAUUUCAAUAAUAACCGUGUUAAAAGGGUGAGGGGAGAAGGAGAAAAUUGGCGAACACGAAAGAUGCAUUCAUUCAGUUACAGAGCCAAUGCUCUCCUCACCUUUUCUCUCACCAUCCUCGCACUAAUGUGCGCCAUGGCUUCUUUAACCGAUAAUUUCAACUCUCCUUCUCCAACUGCAACUGUUCAGAUCUUGAAUGUUAAUCGGUUUCAGAAGAGAUCAAACGGAGACGACGAGGUUGCAAUUACACUAAAUGUAUCGGCAGACUUACAGUCACUUUUUACGUGGAAUACCAAGCAGGUUUUUGUAUUUUUAGCUGCCGAAUAUAGUACUCCAACGAAUACCUUGAAUCAGGUUUCACUGUGGGAUCGUAUUAUACCCACAAAAGAAGAAGCAAAGUUUUCUGUAAAACUGAAAAACAAAUACAAGUUCAUUGACCAGGGAAGCAACCUUAGAGGGAGAGAUUUUAACAUGACUCUACAUUGGCACGUGAUGCCGAAAACCGGUAAGAUGUUUGCGGAUAAACUAGUUCUGCCUGGUUUUCGCUUGCCAGAGUCGUACUCAUACAGGUGAUAACAUGGAUAGCAUAUGAUCUGACAAUAGCUUUGCUACCUUAGACAGAACAAGUGUUUUUCUUGUUUUGUUGAAACUAGAAACAUGAAAUUCCAUGUUUUAAAGUUUUACUUAUGAAAUUUUAAUUUGAAACAUCAUUGUGUA